UGACUGAUUUAUACGAUGGUGAUACAUUUUCAGUUCAUCAAAUAUCAAAAGACAACAACAACCAAUGCAUUACUACUGAACAAAAUGAUGUAAAUAAAAUAAUGUUUGAAAAUAUUACAACUAUACUAGCAUAUGUCAAGAGAAUUGAUGCCAAACUUGAUGCAAUAGGAUGCAACUUAUAUACAAGUUAUUCAAAUACAAAUGUCGAAAAUAACUUCCUAAGUUUAUUUCCCAUGGAAACUGUGGAAUCUCUUGAUGAAAUUGAAAGUAAACUUAUAUCGGAUAAUGCAUUUGAAGAAAAAUUGAUCAAUUGUGUUACUCAAAUUGGUGGGACAAGUAUCCACAAUUUUAUAAAAAGAGUUUAUUCUAGACUUUUUACAAACCAAUUGGCAACAUCAUACUCGUGGACUGGAUUUAGAAAUAAUAAACAACUACAACAUCUAAGAAUUACUAAAAUCAUUAAAGAUGUAUGUAUGAAAAACUUCAAAGGAACUGAAUUAGAAUUUGAAACAAACGUAAAAAAUUGGUUUAAAAAUGGAAGUCAACGUCAAUCACGAGAAAAGCAAUAA